GCCACACAGCAUUGCUAGUGUCUUCUAAAUGUUUUAUAUUUUAUUCAUUCUUAUUUUGAAAAUGUUUUUUGAUCUCCAAUGAAACUUCAACAAGAAAAAAAAAAAAAUUUCACCUAAAGUUACUGCCGCUUUAAAAGUGGGCAGUCCUAUUACGUUAAUUUGCAACACUUUUGCAUGUUUUUCGACUGGCCGUAAACCGUUCUACCUUUAAUUCUUUUGGUAACGUUGAGGCGAGAGAUAGAGAUGUUCAACAAGAAGUCCAGGAGGAUUUUUCGACAGAGGAAGCAGAGCUCGAGUGACGAAGAAGAGCAGCAGCAGAGAAAUGACAGAAGAGGGGGUGAAAAUGCAGCGAUUUUGAUCAGUGAAAAGCUUAAAUAUGAAGAAGGCAGCCCCAACUCCAAGCCGGUGGAGGAGAAACUGAGCAACAGCGAUGAAGAGGAAGCCAAAAGUCUGACAGUUGUAGAGAAAGAACAAACGAAGAAGGAAAGAACUGAGACAAGGAAUAAGAAAUCCAGCAGUGCUCUUAGUUUUUCCGAGUAUAAAGAAGAUGACGAAACAUUUGAAGUAAAAAAGUCUACUGAUAGACCUGUGAUGUUUCAAGUUCCAAAGAAAAAAGAUUCUACUGAGACUACAAACAACACAGGUGUGUGUGGUUUGUCAGCUGUUGGACACCUGCAGCGGUCGUCGUCUCCUCAGCACACCUCAGAUCGUCACUCUUUACCACUUGGUGGGAAAUGUAAAGGUGAUGAUGACGAUGCCGAAGAUGAUUGUGACAGUGAUGAGAGUGGUGUCAAGUCACCAUCACGUCACUCUGACUCAGAUCGUUCCACUGACAGACCAGUCGAAAUCCCGAAGAGUAAGGAGAUACAGGCAGCUAAGAUUCAGCGCAGAACCAACCGAACCCAGAAGGACUAUAUUUCUCUGGACUGUGAUGGGGUGACCUCUACUGGCAGGAGCCGGAAACUCUACAGUGGGGAGAAUGAAGAACAUGGAUUUAAUGAUAAUGACGAUGAUGAUGAUGAUGAUGAUGAUCUAGAUGAUCAUGAGAGAAGAAUUGAGUUUGCACCUCGGCCAAAGACCAUUCAAGAGAGGAUGGCUGAGAGUAUGGGAGGAAGUGAUGACAGCCAGUCUGCCACUGAUGAGGAGGAGGAGAAGGAGCAAGAACUUUGGGAGGAGACACAGAUUGGCAAGGGAAUGAAAAGACAGCUAGGGAAACAGGGUCUCUUUGGCAGUGAGUGGAGCAGUUGCAGCAGCAGACCAAAGAGGGCAGCAGCACCCAGAGUCCCCAAGACUGUUCCUCUUGUCACGGUCUCAAUGGUCAAGAAGAAAAUUGUUUCAAAACUAGACUUAAUGAAGGAGCUGCACCGGCGUCUGCAGGUAGAACUUGUAAACAUGGAUGCUGAUCUGGAGACAGCCAGAACCUCUGUAGAGUGUCUGAGUGAAUGUUCUUCAGAGAGUCAGCUGACGUUCUACAGAGAAACGGCGCUGUAUAUCCACAAUCUGGUGGAGUGUUUGAGAGAAAAGGUGGUUCAGGUGAACUCUCUGGAACUGGAGCUUCACGUUCUGCUGUCUGAUCAGAUGGAGGCGCUGUUGACCCAGAGAAGACAGAACAUGAAGGAGCAGCUGGAGCAUCUGCAGAGGCUCAACUAUGAUCCUAAGGAACAGAGCAGUGAAACAGAACCUCAGUGUUUGGUUGAGGUCACUGUCCAAUCAGAGGAGGAGGAUGAACAGCUCCCUCAUCACUCAACACCUUCAGCUGAAGAGGCAGCAGAUCUGCAGAAGACUAUAGCGGACGUCAUGCUGAGGUCACAGGUGGUCUUCUCUGAUGUUCAUGAGGACUUUAGUGAUGUGCGACGGAUCCUGAGUCGCUUUGAAGUGUGGAGAGGAUCCUACACUGAGUCCUACAACACAGCCUACAUCCCUCAGUGUCUACCCAACCCCAUUAUUAGACCCCAGCUGCUGGGCUGGAACCCACUACAGAAUUCUAGCAGUGAGCUGGAAAACCUGCAGUGGUUCACAGCAGUGGAGACGUUCUGUUAUGGACACGGCCAUGAACAACUGGAGAACAUAGACAGAAAGACUCUGUCGAACAUCAUAGAGAACACAGUUCUACCCAAAAUGACAGUCUUUGUGGAGUUGGUGUGGGAUCCAUUGUCCCAACAACAGUCCACCUGUCUGUCUGACCUGUGUCACAGACUAAAGGAAGAUUAUCACAUCUUUGAAGGAGAGCUGAGUAAACAAGGCCAGGCCCUCACAGAGGCUGUGAUCCAGAGACUGAAGAGCUGCGUUGAUGAAGAACUUUUCUUCCCUCUGUUUCCACAAAAGGAACAGAAAGACUCAACAUGUCGUCAGCAGCAAUUCAGACAGAAACAGACAUGGACGGCUAUAAAGCUUCUAGCUAACAUGGGGAAAUGGGACACUCUUCUUCCUGUAACAUCCCUGAAAGAACUGAUAUUGGACAAAGUGCUGAACCAAUACCUGGUCAUCGCUCUGACGACUGGCACGCUGACCAGUCCUUUCCUGGCCUGCAAAAAGAUAGCAGACAGUCUUCCAGUCUCCUGGUUCACAGGAGUCACCACUUGUUUGCCUGAACUCCAGAACUUUAAGAACUACUUGGUUCAGUGUGUUAAUGAGACAUGUCAGCAGCCGACUCCUGAAGAUCCACAGAGCAGGUCUGCUGUGGUUGAAUUGCUGCAGGUUCUGAGCAGAAUCCGCUGUUAUGAGUCCAUCAGAACCAUAGCAGAGAAAUAUCACUUUGAAGAUGUGCUGUAUUCUCAGCAGCUGCUCAACCAGGACUUGGUGUAAACAACAACAGCUGCUGUGAAAGAUUGGAAAUCAAGGAAAUCCUAGUUUUUUCUACAACUAAUGUCCAAUGUUUGUACUGCAGAUGACUAUUUUUAUUAACACUUGUUUGAAAUAUGUCCAUGUAGUUUUUAUUGAGACAGUACUUCUCUGGAAACAUUAUAUAUUUUUAUAUACAUGUACAGCCAGUACAUGUCACUCCUAUAAACUCUGACUGAUCAGAGGUCAGAGGUCAUAGCGAAACCAGCUGCUAAUAAACAGAGCUGCGUUUAAAAAUGUAUUUAUUUUAGAGACGUGGAGUGGAGGGGGUGAGGGUAGACGGAGAACUGGUUCAGUGACGGUCAGUUCAACGUGAUCUAACGGCCAGUGUGGUGUACUGCAUUUCAAACUGUCUCAUUAAAAGAACAUAAUUGUC